AUCUAACUACACUGAACACAACAUUAUGUCAAAAGCGAAAAGCGUUUAUGUUUCCAGAUGUUAUGGACGCGACUCUAGCACAGAAGUAGAACAUGAAGUCUUAUCAAAUACCUAACGAUUUGAUCCCAGCAAGAUCCAGGCGCAACAAUGAUGUAACUUAAGAUAUGCCUCAUUAAAUGUUGAUGAAACAUACCUCCAGCAGCCGAGACCACAUGAUGUCAAGGUGUGACCGUUAUCGUCCAAUCAACUCAUGCUGGGGGUACGGACAACCAAUGGACAACUCUCACUCUACCAUACAGAAGUUGAGUACGUUGUAUUGCGACCCGGAGAUGAGCGACCUUCAGCUAGUCGUCGGCGAUAAGGUGUUUCACACCCACAAACUCAUCUUGAGCAUUUCUAGCGAUGUACUCAAGACCAUGUUGACCAGUCCAACAUGGCCGGAGUCCUACAAGGACCAAAUUGUGUUACAGGAAGAUCCUGAAUGUGUCGAGGUGUUUGGAGAUUUUUUACAUUAUCUCUACACAGGGCGAAUACACAUGAGUCACCUGACAGUCUUGCCGAUUCUGUCUCUAGCGGAUAAAUAUAAUAUCGGUGACCUUUCCUCUCUUUGUAUAGACUACAUGUGUUCGCAUUGUGUGGCGACCAAACACACGAGUCGUGUCUUGUCCUGGUACACAUAUGCCAACAUGUGUGGACACAAACAGUUGGAACAUGUGUGUGAAGAGUACAUUGUGUGGAAUUUUCAGUUUGUCAUCGAAACUGAUGACUUUUUGUCCAUAUCAGCUGACAUCCUUUUGCAUUUCUUCCGAUCACCAGACAUUGUUGUAAAAAAUGAAUUAUCCUUAUAUCAAGCUGUUAAGAAAUGGGUCAUGAAAAAGCUCGGAAGCAAGGAAAAAGACGAGUCUACAAAAUCUGUAAGUUCCACGGCACAAUUUGUUGUAAGAAACUUGGGACAACACACUCGAUUCACGCUGAUGACUUACAGUGAACUCAAGUCCCUACAAGAUGACAGCUUAGUGGAGAUUUUCCGCGACAUCCUAGAAUCACCUAUACAGGCAGCUUUACAAGUCCAUAUUGCUCAAAAAACUCCUGCUCAUCAGACUGAAAAUGAUACUCAUAUUUAUCCUACAAAUGGCAGCUCCUCAUCAUCACCAUUGUCGUCGUCAUCGUCAUCAUUGUGUCAUAGUUCACAACUAAAAGAUCAUAUAUCCCCUUCCAGUUACCAUAUACAAUGCGAAGGAAGGUUUGUCAAACAGAAUUCAGCAGAAAACCAUUUGGAUGACAGCCAAGGUGGACUGAUCAGCCAUGAUUGUCAACUUAAGUCUGUCCAUAACAUUCAAAGUGCUACAAUACCAUCACUGCAUGAAAUCAACACAAACAAGUUUGAUAACUUAUCAUCAAACAGUCAAAGUGCUCAACUUGUUGAUGUUUCUCCAUCGAGAACCCCAUCAGCUUCGUCAACUGUCGCAGUGAGACAAGAUCUCCCUCGAAUUUACACGUGUGAUUCUUGGUGCACUGAAAUGGUCGUGUCAGAACUAGGGGAGAUAACUCCUGGCGAUGUCUUGGGAGCAUUUUUCUCAACGCCGGUGACAGGAUGCGAAGAAGACGAUAGUUGUUACUGGGACUGGCACAUUGAUCUUUACCCCAAGGGCGUGACCUUCAAGAAGUGCAUGAUGAUUGGUAUGCUCGAAAACAGAGAAAUCGACGAAGUGCUUUAUGAGACUGUGCGACUGACUGUUACUUCAAACAGUUCGGAGACCCGGAAGGUGAAAAUUAGUGUGAUGGUGAUCGGAGAAGAGGAAGGCCUGGAAUAUGUUGUACGCGGCUUGACAAAGACUUGUAUCUUUGAUGAAGAUCAUGUGCUGUUCAAUAUCAGCGACAUUGUCCCGUAUGCUUGUCUCCAUGGCAACAAACCAUUGUAUAAGAUUGGUGAAAAGAGAGAUACCUUAAAGGUCACAGUGGCCAUACGACCUGCCUUAACAGUGUAAACCUAGGUAUAGAUUGAUAUACAUGUUAUACAUAUUCCAGGGUGUACCAGGUAUAUAAAUGGUGUUUUUUGCUAUUAUGAGCCCCUUAAUUAUAAGCUUUCAACACUUGGACAUUCUCCAUGUGAGCUGUAUUUGAUAACUUAUCCCUGCGUGAGCCCCAUUUGACACUUUGACACUCUUUCUGAGCCCUUUUUUUCCAUUUCGAUUAGUUGAAUUUUCAAAACAGUGCUUCGGUUAAAAAAAAAAUCAAAAGAAAGAUUUAUCAUUUCUUGUGUUUUCUGGUGUGUUUUUUCUCCAAAAAAAAAAAACCCCAUAAAAACUGCUUAAAUUCCCUUUUGAAAUUAGAUGAAGUUUUAACAUUGUGCAUUGUGAAAUUGUAGCAUAGUGAUGAAUUUACAAUUGUUUAUAGAUAGAUUUGUUUGCUGUUAAUUUUAAGAACAAAAAAAAUCACGUAAGUACAUGUACUGUACAAUAUCUGAAAGAAGCUAAUGCUGAACUUUUAUGUACAUUUUGUAUACGAUUGUGAACCCCUCAUAAUAAGUCGUUGGACAUAUAAAGGAUCUGCUUAUAUGUAAUUGUGUAAGUAUCCAAUCCCAAAAUGUCCUUAUUAGGUCUACAGUCGUCUAUUUAAAUUCCAUUUUCAUGAAAGUUCAUACAUCUGAUUAAAUUAAAACAAUACUUUUUUUGUAUCAUCCACCUAUAUUGGGUUAAGAAUGGGGGCUCUGUACAGUUUUAAUAUGAUUGCCAUGAAAGUUCAAACCCAUGUUUCUUUUAGGUAGUGUCUUGCCCAAUUAGGACAUAACCAAAUGUAAGACAGCAUGCAUAUGGACCAACCCAUUUCUCAGCUUCCUGAUCAAGAGAAAUUCAAACCAACACUGGUUGUGAGCGUCAAACAUUCACCUCGGUUCUGCACCUGAGGUAUAGUUGUAAGAGGAUUUGCAUUGGAAUUGUUUACAAUGCGUAAUAUGUCCGAAUCUUAAUUUUUGUUUUGUGUAAUGUUUCAUUUUGUUUUUAUAUUUCUUAACCAGAGCUUUUCAUGCAACUUGUUAGCAAAGGGAGGUAACUUGAAAAGUUAGUGUUUUGUGUUGUGAAGCAAAUGUUAAGAAAUAAGUUCAGUUACUAGGGAUGUCAUUGCAUUGUUUGGGGCUCAGGGUAGGUGUGACUUCAUUGUUGGGGCUCAGGGUAGGUGUGACUUCAUUGUUGGGGGCGCUGGGUAGGUGUGACUUCAUUGUUGGGGGCGCUGGGUAGGUGUGACUUCAUUGUUGGGGGCUCUGGGUAGGUGUGACUUCAUUGUUGGGGGCGCUGGGUAGGUGUGACUUCAUUGUUGGGGUCGCUGGGUAGGUGUGACUUCAUUGUUGGGGGCGCUGGGUAGGUGUGACUUCAUUGUUGGGGGCUCUGGGUAGGUGUGACUUCAUUGUUGGGGGCGCUGGGUAGGUGUGACUUCAUUGUUGGGGGCGCUGGGUAGGUGUGACUUCAUUGUUGGGGGCACAGGCCUAGGGUAGGCAUCAGUGCAUUGUUGGGGGCGCUGGGUAAGUAUCUGUGGAUUGUUGGGGGCGCUGGGUAGGCAUCAGUGGAUUGUUGGGGGCGCUGGCUAGGUGUCAGUAAAUUGUUGGGGGGCGCUGUGUAGGUAUCAGUGUAUUGUCAGGGGCACUGGGUACGUGUCAGUGCUUUGUCGAGGGGGCUGGGCAGAUCUAGCUGGUAGUGUGGUGCGUUAAUAUGGUGGAGGAUUUUAAAGGCAGUAGAUAUUUAAAUGCCAUUAAGACACUAGACCCAUAUUAAUACAAGAUCUAGGAAGCACACAGAGUACCUGGAAAAAAUCUAUUAUGGCUGUGCAAGUGAUUCCAUAUACCUUUCUUCUUCCGAACGUGUUACAGAACCCUGGUCAUCUAGGUGAAAAGAUACCUGGUAUGUCUGCAUAAAAAGUUUUAUGUGAUCAUAUAGUUAAAGAUGCAUUUAUCCUGAAAAAAAUGGCUUUUACCAAUGCAUUAUUGUGUAAAAUAAAAUCUAGAACAGAAAUCUAUUAUUUUUCUUACCAUUGUUUUCAUAUCAAUAAACUUAUUUUCUAUUUAAAUUGUUGCAUUCUAAUUAGUGCAUGAGUUUGUUCAAAAUAUUAAUUUUUAUUUAGUUUGCAUACUGUACAGUUUUAACUUUGAAGGUUUAGUUUUUUUUUCAAAGAUUUUCAAUGAAAGAAUAAAAUUGUGAAAGACAGAAUAUUAUGGUCCAUUAAUUUCUGCACAAAAUAUAUCCUUUUUGCUGCAAAUCAUUGCUAAUACCACAAUAUUGUAAAUUUAUUUUUUUCACAGUAUGUUACAAAUAUUUUUUAAAAACAUGGGUCGAUUAUUUAUGUAAUUUGCCAAGAAAAAAAUAACUUGUUCACCGUUCUUAAAAUCGAUUUUGCAUUAAUCCGUGUAUGUAUUAUUAUGACUUCAUUGUAUAAUUAUGAAACUUCCAAGAGCUUUUUGUCAGAUUUUUCUUAUAGAAAUUGUAUGACCCCAUGUUAUAUCGUUUAUUUAAUAUAUACAUUGUGUACCUGCUUUGCUUACUUGAUUGUUUGAUAGUGAUUUAUUUUUUUGUUUAAGUUUUCAUAUUAUGAUCAUACAGAGAAGGUUUUGUUAAUGAGGAGACAAGCAGUAUAUAGUACUGUUAUAUAUCAUGGUAGCCAUGUUUUGCCUUUAAGAAGAGAGCCUCUGAUAUUCCCGUAUGAUAAUAAAAAUGUUUAUUCUGA